AUGGACCAGGUCAUCCUUUCUGAACCUAUUGGCACAAUAGGGUAUUUGGACCCAGAAAUUGAAAAGUCCAAAGGGGUGACCUGCAAGUCGGAUAUCUACGCAUUCGGUGUUGUUUUAUUCGAGAUAUUAUGUGGGAGGAGAGCAUAUAUUAGGAAUGAUGCUAAUAGGUUACUAGCUCCAUUGGUCAUGCAACAUUAUGAAAACGAAUCGUUGCCGGAUAUAAUCCAUCCCGAUCUAAAGAAUCAAAUGUCCGGAUACCAAAUAUCCGUAAGAUCACUCAGAAUAUACUUAGAAACGUCAUAUUCUUGCCUAAAGGAAGAGCGAUCACAUCGCCCAGAUAUGCUCAGUAUUGUUAAUGAACUUGAGAAAGCAUUGGAGAAAGCAUUGAGGUUUCAACCACGACCUGAAAAUUUUGGAAAGAACUUUGAACACUUGAAGAUUCGGCUUGAUGACAUAAAGUUAGCCACAGAUAAUUUUUCAGACACAUACAAAAAUGGAUCUAGUGGAUACUGUACUUGGUACAAGGUAGAUCUCGACCAUUUUGAUAAAGAAAAACUUUCUUCCGUGGAAGGGGAAAGUAGUAGUGAACUACCUAAGAGACACAACAAAGUAAAUAUAAAACGCUUCUUUCCUAAAGAUGAUGAGCACGAAGAAGAGUUAUUUUUUACAGAACUUGAAGUGCUUACUAGUGUUAAGCAUGACAACAUAGGCACUCUAAUAGGCUUUUGUGUUGAAGGUUUCGAGUUGAUACUUGUCACUGAGAAAUUUUCUAAUGGACUCAAAAAUUAUUUGGGUAAUGUUAGAACCAUGCAUACUUUGACUUGGGAACAACGUUUGAAAAUUUGCAUUGAUCUUGCACACGCAUUGAGCUACCUUCAUUCUGAGAUGGAAGAGAGAAACAUGAUAAUACACAGUAAUAUAAAUCACGCUAAAUUUGGGUGGGAUGAGAAUUUGGUAGCAAAGAUUGAAGACUUUGAGUUCGCAGUAUUCCUUCCUCCAAAUCAAAACGACGAAGUUCUGUGCAAAAGAACAAAUUUUGAGUCAAAGUACUAUGUGGAUCCAGAGUAUGAAAAGACUGGAAAGCUAAAAAGAGAGUCAAAUGUGUAUAGUUUUGGUGUGGUUUUGUUUGAAAUUCUAUGUGGAAGGCAUGCUUUCAACCAAAGUUACCUUAACGAGAGUGAGAAAGGGCUUGUUCAUGUGGCAAGACAAAACUUCUGUAAUGGAACAAUAGAAGAGAUGAUAGAUCCUAUACUAAAGGAAAAAACCAGUAUAAAGAGUUAUAAUCCAAAUAGAGGAGCCAACAAGGAUUCUUUACAUACAUUUAUGAAAGUUGCAAACCAGUGUGUGGCAGAGACUCAAGACCAUCGCCCAACGAUGAAAGUUGUUCUCAACGAACUUAAGAAAGCAUUGAUCUUUCAAGUAUGUCAGUUAGCCGAUAACAGUCACAACUUAUAA